AUGAUCGCCUCAUUAUGUUUAAAAAAUCUGAAGAAAAAUGAGAGGAAAUUAAUCCAUCAACUGGUAAGGAGGGACUACGGAAACAAUGCAGGCAUUGCUCAAACAGGUUAUAAAAAAAAGAAAGGGACCACAAAUGUAGCCAAACUGAGCAAACUCGCAGAAAAGAAGAGUCAUAAAAAGGACCUGUCGCUGUGUCCAAGUUUGUUUUUCCCCCCCAAGUGGGACGGAAAUAUGAUGAAGGAUCUUCCGUUUCAAAUAACUAGGGGAAGGAUGUCCCCCCAUCCAGAAUAUCAAAAGUGGCGUAAGGAAGAAAACAAAUUUGGCGAGAACAAUGUAGAGAAAUGUGUAAGUAUAGCUAGUACUGUUACGAAAUUGAUUCCUUUUCAAAGGAGUUGUUUUUCCACCCGAGUUGGCAACCUCUGCAGUGGUGUUAGUAGAGGAUACUGCACGAGGAGAUUCUUUGGCACUUCCUCAGAAGGUUCUUCUGGUGGAUAUUCCAAAGGGGAUAAUGUGAAGGUGAACAGAAUGGAAGGGGAAGCCCUGGGGGGCGCUAAAGGUGAAACCCCAAAUGGGGGAAAUGAGGAAAGUGGAAAUCACGCCGGAGUGACGCUCACUGGAAACACAUCCAAUAAUAGUAGCGAUAGUGGAAGUGCCCCGCCAAACGGAAAUAAGGAGAAGCAGUCUCUGAGGCAAAUAUACCUGCACAAAAAACAAAGGGAAAAAAUGAUCAAGAUGUACCUCCUGCUGAGUCUGUUGCUAAUGCCAUUCGGACAGCUAUACAUGUACUGCAUCGAGAAUGACCUAAGUAUGGAGGAAUUAUUAAAAAUUUUUAAAAAUAAAAUGGAAAUGCUAGAAAAUAAAUACAAUGACAUAUUGCAGGAACUGAUUGAUAAAUAUUUUCCACUGAGUAAUGAGCCAUUAUUACCCGACUUCAAAGAUUUAAAUUACCCAGAAAAUUUACCAACCCUAGUUAUUGACCUGAAUUAUGUUAUAGCCAAAUUAGAGUAUGACAGGAAAAGUGGAUGGAGAGUAUUGAAGAGACCCUAUGCUGAUUUGUUCUUUAAAGAAUUGUCUAGCUUUUAUGAAAUUGUUAUUUGGUCAGAUGAUAAUUUCCCAGUUGCACAGGAAGUUAUUUCCAAGUGGGGUAUACCUGCUAUUGGAUGCUUACACAGAGACCAAUGCUCCAAGAAGAGAAGGCAUUACGUAAAAGAUUUGAAGAGAUUGGGUAGGAAUCUUGACCGAGUUGUUAUCAUUGACCAUGAUGCACAUGCCUUUAUGCUUCAGCCGGAGAAUGGCAUCCUCAUAAAGGAAUUUCAUGGCGAUGUAAACGAUAAGGAAAUUUUGUGCCUGAUCGAUUUGCUAAAGUCGUUCGCCAUCAGCAGCUACGACAUUUCGCAGUUUCUGAGGAAGUACGGUGGGGGGGACUACAACAUCGGGAAGCGAUAUAUGCAACUUAAGAGCGACACGGAGCAGAAGUCACAGCGAAUAAGAAACUUUGGCAAAAUUUUCCACCUCGACGGGAAGAAGACGCCCAACGGGAUGUCCUUCAACUCGUGA